GAAAAUGUCCCGCUCUGAUGCAGUCUUCCAGCAUCUCAUGGAACUUUGCCAGGAAGUUUCACAGUGUCUGAAGAAAGUAGGAAACAUGGAUGGUCAUAAGUACAAUUAUCCAAGGGAAUUUUAUGAUCAGUAUGCUCAAAGCCAAGAAAAAUCUGUGGUUAAUAAAAUGCAACAGAAAUACUGGAAAACAAAGCAAACUCUUAUAAAGGUCACAGGAAAAAAAGAAGAUGAACAUGUUGUGGCUUCAGAUGCAGAUCUGGAUGCAAAACUAGAGCUAUUCCAUUCAAUUCAGAGAACAUGUAUGGAGUUGUUGAAAGCAAUAGAACUUUAUCAAAAAAGGAUUUGUUUUCUGUCUCAGGAAGAAAAUGAAUUGGGGAAAUUUCUUCGAUCACAGGGUUCUCAGGAUAAAACGAGAGCAGGAAAAAUGAUGCAAGCAACAGGAAAGGCCCUCUGCUUUUCUUCUCAGCAAAGAUUAGCCCUGCGUGCUCCUUUGACUAGGUUAUACCAAGAAGUGGAGACUUUCAGGUAUAGGGCCAUCUCAGACACGUGGCUGACAGUAAAUCGCAUGGAACAGUAUCGGACUGAAUACAGAGGAGCUCUGCUUUGGAUGAAAGAUGUUUCUCAGGAGCUGGAUCCAGAUCUUUAUAAGCAGAUGGAGAAGUUCAGAAAGGUUCAAGCCCAAGUGCGACAUUCAAAACUCAACUUUGACAAACUGAAGACUGAUGUCUGUCAAAAAGUUGACCUUUUGGGAGCAAGCAGAUGCAACCUUCUUUCGCACGUAUUAACAACAUAUCAGACAACGCUGCUUCAUUUUUGGGAAAAAACUUCGCACACAAUGGCAGCUAUCCAUGAAAGUUUCAAAGGUUAUCAGCCAUAUGAAUUCACUAUGCUAAAGAGUUUGCAAGAUCCCGUGAAUAAACUAAGAGAAAGAGCAGAAAAGGAGGACCUGCAAACUGAGAGCACCAAAUCAGAAGAUCAGCAGAGUCAGUUGAUUUCAUUAGGUGAGGAGAGCCAUACCAAGGAACCAGACUAUUCAGCUCAUGAUGGAAAGGAUACCCUAUCCAAGUUACAAGGAAAUUAUAACCACAAGCAGAACUCAGGUGCUGUAGAUGACUUAUUAGACCUGCAACCUGAAGAAAAUGAGACAGCAUCAAAAGAUAAGUUUGCGAAGUCCUUGGAGUCAGAACCUAGUGAUAAGGAUGACAUGGUAUUACUGAAUGAGAUCCUCAAUGCUUCCUCCCUGGAAGAGGGAGAGUUCAGCAAAGAGUGGACAGCAGUUUUUGGACAGGUUGCGCUUUCUGAUCUUGCCAUGAACUCUUCAGCUGGAGAUGGGGAUAACACUUCAGCUGUGGCAUCAACUCCAUCAGGCUAUUUGCCCUCUCAACUGUUAGACCAAAACAUGAAUGACUUGCAGUCAUCUUUACAUGGGUGGGCAGCUAACAGUGGGAGCCCUCUGUCUAUACCACAGCCAGCACAGAAACCGAACAGCCUGAAUGUGAACGCUAACAAAACGCCAAUGAAAGGUGAACCUACAAGCAAUCCUAAAGACUUGACUGCCUGGUUCAGUCUCUUUGCUGACCUUGACCCUUUAUCCAAUCCUGAUGCUGUUGGGAAAACUGAUAAAGAACAUGAAUUGCUUAAUGCAUGAGUCAGCUGUCCAUGAAUUUGCACCUGUUUGCAGAAGUUUCUUGCAACUGAUGAUUUACCAUGCCUUCAAAACAUUCGUAUUUCUGUUCAGAGUAUUUUUCAUCAAAUUUAUUUCUGAAGCAUGUGUUACUUUGAGCUUGUUGUGACAUUAACUAACUCUUUAAUAAAAUGAUUUUGACAAAAAAAGAC